UCCUGGCAGCAGACGCCGGGGCGCUGAGCCGCCGCCGUCCCCGACCCCGGACACCACGGGACACCACGGGACGGGACGGGACGGGACAGGGCGGGGCGGGGCAGUUCGGCGGCGGCUCCGGGGACAGGCAGGCAGCGUCCAGCUCCGCCGCGGGGCCGGCAUGCGCGGAACCAGGAGGACGGGGAAGGCGGGCGGACCCGCAGAGCGCAGCCCUUCCGGUUGCCGUCGCUACGCGACGGCGGCACCCAUGGCGGCACCCAUGGCGGGCGCGGCGCUAGCCGCGCAGCUCUGGUCGCUGCUGGAUGAGAUGGCGGAGAACGAUCCCCAGGCCUACCGCCGGCUCCUGCGGCAGCAGCGCGCCGAGGCUGAGCGGCUCUGUGCCCCGCCGGAGCCUCACCUGUGCCUGCGGGCCCGUCCCGCGGGCAUUGCCGGGGGGCCGCUGUUCAUCAACGUCUGCAGCUGGACAAGGGUGCCGGCGCCCGAGGCCCCCACUGAUCCCACACCUGUUAGUGCGGGGCCGCUGGAAGUGGUGUCUGGCGAAGGAGACCUGUACAGCAUUAUAGAUAUUGCAUAUAACCCAGAUGUUCUUCAGAGGGGAGAAGAAAACCCAGAAAAAAUGGACCACUUGAUCCAUUUGACACUUAAAUUCGUUGAGGAACGAUGCAACCUUAUUCUUUCUAAGUUGUACACCAUUGAACCAUUCAAAUUGAAAGGAAGCCUGGAAACGAUGCAGCAACGUCUGAAAGGAAGGCAGAUGCCAACUCCGCACCUCAGUCAGGACACAAAGAAGGAACUGACACUCGAUCAGCUGCUGCUCGCUAUGGAAGCUGAGGACUGCAGCAAUGCUCCUGUGCUGCUGAAGGAAGAACGUGUGACACAGUCUAAAGUGCAUCUGAUAAAGGAAAUUGCCAGUACUGAAAUGCCACACAAGCUAAGUACCCCUGUCUAUGAAAUGAUCACCAUGAGGGAUGCAAACAAGAAACCACUCAAAAUUGAACUCAAAAUUGAAUUGCCUAAGGUUAGCUCUGUUUCUGAGUGUGACCUGAGAAUUUCAAAGGAUGACAUAAUCCUUGAAGUCCCGGAAAAAUACAAAUUACAGCUAGAUCUGCCAGAAUUAGUGGAUGAAGAAACAACUACAGCAGUAUUUAACAAAGGAAAACAAGUAUUGUUUAUCACAGUGCCAGUUACCAAGACAGAUCCUUAAAGACUGCAUUGUCUAGUUUAUGUUCACAGAUGACAGAACAAAAUGAAAGCCCAGAAUGAGAAUCCUAACUUUUAGAUGGUGAUGAAGGGUUUUUUUUUACUGACCCUCUAAUCUUCAGGGGUGAAUACCUCAAAUGCCUUUAGAAGAUCCCUGUAGAAAAGGAACUCUGCAGGGAUACUAGCACCACCAAACUUAGGAAAAAAAUAAGUAAAGAUUGUAAAUAUUCAAGGAGUACUUGAAUAUGUUAUCAGCUGUAGUAAAGAACCAUAAAUGCAUACAUGCUUUACUACAUCAUUCAUUUUGCCUUAAGGCAUAGCAGUAACAGUUGUGAAGGUUUUUUGCUAAAUAAAUUGAUUACUGGAUUCACAUGGUUAGAGCAGUUCUCACAUGUAUAUAACGCUGGAACAACCAGCAGAGGUGUGUCAUACGCAGUUCUACAAGUUGCCCUGCAUGCUGUUGCUGUUCUUUUUAGGACAAUCCUGGCUGAUCUUAACUGGAAUAGGCUUUGUAGUCUUUUCAGUCACUGAAUAUGCUUGACUUCACUUCUGGUAAUCUCUGAAUGAGACCAUAAAACAGACCUAUUGUGGACUAUUCGAAACAGCAUAUAGAGAUUCAAAGCUCAAAAUCCUUAGUGUGAACCAAAAACAAUCUCAGAGCACUUCAACUCAGAUUACUAUCUGCAUUAGUUUACACUAAUACACAAAAUACAAAGUAUUAUAAAGCAACACAAAACAACUUCAAGGAUUACUAAGCAUUUCUAGAAUUAAUUGGGAAAGGGACAAACAAGAGUUUAAGUGAUCUUAGUUUCAGGAUUGAUUUAGUAGUAUGUUAUUCUUACGGCUUCAAUGACACAUUUACACUACAACCAUGUUUCUGUACCAGUAUUCAUCAGAUCAGAAAUGGAAAUAGGCAAACUGGUUUUGAGCUGCAACUUUAAAAUACAGGCUUACAAAACAGCAGUAACUCCUAGCCUUCCCCUUUCUUUGUUUCAAAGCAACCUAGAAGGCUGUAUUGAAAUACUGUUCACACGUUAUACUUGCAAGUUCAGGCUGAAAUUCUAUCGCUGCACAAGCUGAGCUGACCUGUUAGAGGAUGCAAGCAGUACCAGAAGUCACUAUCAGCACUCCCAAGCAUACGCACUGGAUAGGAUUUUUUGAGCUGCAAGUGUUCCAGAGUCUGAUAGUCAUUCACAGAACGUUUCCAUAGGAUAAACUAUUCGGUGUUCUUACUGCAGGAAGAAAGUGAAAGGUCUCCGUAGCCAGAAUCUGAGAUUCUGGUGAACACUGCAGCAGCGAAGCCAGGAAGAUUAACGUUCACUGCUGCAUCACAGUAAUAAAGCAUGUAUUAUUUUGGAACAUUUGUGAUUACAAUUUAAGGUUAAUAGGGUGAGUUUCACUAUCGGACUGAAAGGCUAAACAGCUCUGAUUACUGCUAUAGCAGUAGAGUAAGCCACACACGACUGAAUAGAAAAGCACUGGAACAUGUUUUAGUAGUUGUCAAU